GAACACACAUUUUUAGGGGAGAUAAUCCGGCGCGGUUUGGCUCGGCUCGGCUCGGCAGUCAGCGGCUGUCCGUCGUUAAGUCCUCUGACAGGGUGUGACCGGGAGCAGUAGCUCUGGACUGACCUGUGCCAUGAAGACCCAGAAGGCCCGAGAUGUUAAACCAGCGUCACCUUCCUGCCGACGGAAGUCUCGCUUCACCUUACGAGGCAGGAAGAAGAAGGACGGGGUGAUCCGAGGCAAGCUUCGCAUCCGCUCGCUGCCCGGAGCCUUCCUGGUGCUGGGGGUGAUUGUAGUGGUGGUGGGCACUGCUCUGGCUGUGGCGGGUUACUGGCCGUACCGGAUAUCCAGGUCGUCCAUCCUGGGAGCUGCAGAGAGAGAAAGUAUCUCUGAGUCACAGAGUUCUGGUUGGAGUCUGGGAGCUAAGGACCUCUUGUCCACAGCCAGCCUCAUCCACAGUGAACGAAUGAAGCUGCUGGGGCCUGUCAUCAUGGGGGUGGGACUCUUCAUCCUCAUAUGUGCCAACACAGUCCUGUAUGAGAACAGGGACAGAGAGACUCAGAUGCUGCUGGCUCAGAUGCGCAGUGUUAUCUGCUCUGUGUCUGCGGCCGUGCCCUCGGCGGACCUUAAGGAAAUAGCAGCAGCCAACUCGAUGGCCAAACACUACCAGUGGGUGAGCAGUUUACCAGCUGCCCAUCUCAACAUCCUCUGUCUGCAGCAGCUGGCCAGCUCUGAGCCGCUACUCCAGACCAGACAUCCCAGAGACCACGAGGACAGUGUGGAGGGCAUCUACCAACAGGCUGUGCUCCAGACAGAAGCCAUCCACCACCAGGAGUCAGAGCCGCCGCCCUCCCUCCACUCCUCCCACUCCAACUCAUGCAAUUCCAGUCAGACAGACUUUAACACGCAGUCUGGGGCUGAGCACAGGGGCGGCGUCAGCUUCAAUCUGCAUGCCACCCCGCUCGUCAAGCUCAACAACUGCCUGGUGUCUGCCAGCUCCAUGUCCACCCUGGGGGUGGACGAGGUGGAUAUCCCGGCCGCUCAGCCGAGGCGCUGCUACAGUAUGAGCUACAGGACUAAGCCUUAUGUAGCCGGAACUGGUGUGUGCCUGGAGGAAGGCCUCCACACACCCGCAGAGGAGGGUCAGAGAAAUCGGGAGAGGAGAGAGGCGGGCUCACAGGUUUGUGUCAACAUCCGGGGGCAGGUGGUGGAUGCUGCGGAGGAGCAGGCUCACCGAAGCUGGCCUCGGCUAGACUUGGGCAGUGGCAGACGCUACCUGAAACUAGAGAACAAAGAGGACUCUGUGGACAAACUGCUGGACCAGUUAGAGCAGCAGUGCUCUCAGUGGGAUAAGAGCUUUGGCUCUGGGCCUUUCCAGUGAUGGUGGGUUUAGUUUCACAGAAAUUAUAUUUUCCCCUGGAUUUAAAAACUGCACUAUAUUUUGUUUUAAAUUGUGUGUGAGGCCGACAGAAACUGAGCCCUACAUCAUUUGGAGUACAGCUUUUCUCACAAGGAUCUUCCAAUACUUCAGCCUGUUCUCAAUCAUCAGUGGAAUACUGAUGCACGGAGCUUACAGUCUUUGCUUGGCUGGAUGCAGAAGAUGUUUGUACCGUCGAAGGAGAGGAACAAUAUGCCGAUCCCACACUGUCAGAGACGGGGAAAGCAGUCUGACAGGCUGCUCACUUCGGUUUGGGUUGGCAGCAAUGCGAGAAAUGAACUUGUUUCUCAGUGCCAAAAUGCGUUUGCCUGUUUCCAGGACGCGGCGAGCACAACCCAGAGAAGAAGAGACAGAGGGGAGGAGGGAGGGAGGAUUGUUUUCACUGUGCAAUCACUUUUGAACCAAACUACCUGGAGCCCUGAGCCCAUGAAGUGCU